AUGCCUCUGCUCUAUGCCAAACCUACUUCCGUCCUCCUUCCUCUCCCAAUUCGAAAACGCACACAACCCAUUCCUCUACCUUCCACCAAAACCCCACAAAAUCCAUCACCUCAACAUCAAAACAAACACCUGAAGUAUCCAUCUUUCACUCCUAAUAACCAACCCUCUCUUGAUCAAACCAAGCAACUCCAUGCCCACAUAAUCAAAACCCACUUCAAUCACACCCAACAAGCUCCUUUUAACCACUUUGAACUGCACUUAAGCCCUGAAGCCCAAUACAACUUCCUCAUAACAUCAUACAUUAAAAACAACCAGCCAAGAUAUGCACUAAACAUCUAUACUUACAUGAGAAAACUAGACAUAGAAGUGGACAGUUUUAUCAUCCCAUCAGUUCUUAAAGCUUGCAGUCAAAUCUCAAUGGCCCAGGUGGGGAAAGAGAUUCAUGGUUUUGCAGUUAAGAAUGGGUUGGUUAAUGAUGUUUAUGUAGUCAAUGCAAUGAUGCAAAUGUACACUGAAUGUGGUAGUUUAGUAACGGCGCGGCUACUGUUUGAUAAAAUGAGUGAGAGAGAUGCUGUUUCUUGGAGUACGAUGAUUAGAAGUUACAGUAGAAACAGAUUGUUCAAUGAGGGGUUGAAAUUUAUUGAAAAUAUGCAUUUUUUGAAUGUUAAGCCUAGUGAGGUUGCUAUGAUUAGCAUGGCUAGUCUAUUUGCUGACCUUGAGAAUGUUGAAAUGGGGAAAGCAAUGCAUGGUUAUGUUACAAGGAAUAGCAAUAAUGAGAAAAUGGUUGUGCCAUUGACUACUUGUUUGAUUGAUAUGUAUGCAAAGUGUGGAAAUUUAGAUGCUGCAAGAACACUUUUUGAUGGUUUUAGUCAAAAAACCGUUGUUUCUUGGACUGCCAUGGUUGCUGGCUACAUUAGGUACAAUAAUUUGGAAGAGGCUGAAAGAUUAUUUGCUGAAAUGAUUGAACGAAAUGUGUUUCCUAAUGAUAUUACCAUGUUGAGUUUGAUUAUUCCAUGUGGGUUUGUAGGGGCUGUACAAUUGGGCAGGCGGCUACAUGCCUACAUUUUAAGAAACGGGUUUGGAAAGUCUUUGGCUUUAGCCACUGCUUUGGUUGAUAUGUAUGGAAAAUGUGGGGAGAUAAGAAGUGCAAGAGCUCUAUUUGAUAAAAUCGAGAACAAAGAUGUUAUGACUUGGACGGCUAUGAUUUCGGCUUAUGCGCAAGCUAAUUGUAUAGAUCACGCUUUUGAAAUAUUUGUCCAAAUGAGGGAUAGCAGAGUGAGAUCAAAUGAAUUGACAAUGGUCAGCCUGCUUUCGUUAUGUGCAGAAAAUGGAGCCCUUGACAUGGGCAAGUGGUUUCAUGCUUACAUAGACAAGCAAGGUAUUGAAGUAGAUUUGAUACUGAAAACUGCUUUAAUAGACAUGUAUGCCAAGUGUGGGGAUAUUGAUGGGGCUCAGAGGCUGUUCAGCGAAGCCAUAGAUCGAGACAUUUGCACGUGGAAUGCAAUGAUGGCUGGAUACGGGAUGCAUGGAUAUGGUGAGGAAGCUUUGAAACUAUUCACAGAGAUGGAGAGACUGGGUGUAAAACCCAAUGACAUCACAUUUAUAGGAGCCCUGCAUGCUUGCAGUCAUGCUGGUUUGGUGAUGGAAGGAAAAGGACUUUUUGAGAAAAUGAUCCAUGACUUUGGCUUGGUUCCAAAGGUUGAGCAUUAUGGGUGUAUGGUGGAUCUGCUUGGUCGAGCCGGACUGCUUGAUGAGGCAUAUAAGGUGAUUGAAAGCAUGCCCGUGAGACCUAAUGUUGCAAUCUGGGGUGCUCUGCUUGCUGCUUCCAAGCUUCAUAAAAAUCCUAACAUGGGGGAAUUGGCAGCGAGAGAGCUUCUUGCACUGGAACCUCAAAAUUGUAGUUACAAAGUUCUUAUGUCAAACAUAUAUGCUGCAGCAAACAGAUGGAAUGAUGUUGCAGGCCUGAGAAAAGCUGUGAAGGACACAGGAAUCAGAAAGGAACCGGGACUGAGCUCAAUCGAAGUAACUGGUUUGGUUCACGAUUUUAAAAUGGGAGAUACAGCACACCCACUGAUUGAAAAAAUCAGUGAGAUGCUAGCUGAGAUGAGCCAGAAACUAAAAGAUGCUGGCUACUUGCCAGACACAUCUGUAGUCUUGCACAAUAUUGACGAGGAAGAGAAAGAAACUGCACUUAACUACCACAGUGAAAAGUUAGCGAUGGCUUUUGGCCUUAUUAGUACCGCUCCAGGGACUCCUAUUCGAGUUGUCAAAAAUCUCCGAAUUUGUGAUGACUGUCACACAGCAACCAAGCUGUUGUCUAAGAUCUACGAAAGGGUAAUUAUAGUCAGGGACCGUAACCGUUUUCACCACUUUAGAGAAGGAUCUUGUUCUUGUGGUGAUUAUUGGUAG